AUGAAUAUUAUAGAGGAGUUAUUGGCGAAAUGGAGUAGCUUGGCUAAAAAUAUAGAUGAAGAAGGAUGGACUCCACUCCACUAUGCUGCGUAUAAACAUCGUACUUCAGUGGUCAAAAGGCUAUUAGUUGAGGGUGAAUCUUGCGCUGAUAAAAAAUGGAAGAGGACAGCUCUUCACAUUGCAGCCUGUAGAGGCUUCGAAGAUACAGUGGAAACAAUCAUUUCUAAAUGCCCAAGUUGCUGCGAACUUACUGACAUUAGAGGCUGGAAUGUUCUUCACUAUGCAGUGAUCAGCAAAAAUGAUGAAGUAAUAAAAGCAGUGCUCCGACAAGGUUCAUCAUUUAUUUACCUUUUAGAUGGAAAAGAUGUUAAAGGGAAUACGCCUAUCCAUCUAUAUAGGGCUUAUCAUCCUGAAUUCUGUUGUCCUUCUUUCAUAAAAGAAGGAGAGACUGAAGAAAAUCAAAAAGGAGAAGGAGAUGCUGAAAUGUUCAAGUUUUGGAGAAAACUGGACCAUAAAAUUCAAUUCUCAGGAAGCUUAUCCUCAAAGAAGAAAGAAAAUUUAAAAUUGAUGAAAGACCUUGGCACUGGACCACUGGGGAAAAUUGAUCCAACAUCACGGAAGGAAUUUCUGAAGGAAUUUCUGAAGGAAAAAGAAGAAAAGAGGAAAAAAUAUAUGGCAAAAAAAUUUGAACAAGUCAAAGAGUCUCAUUUGGUGGCUGCGGUACUUAUCGCAACAGUAGCCUUUGCUGCAGCGUUCACUUCACCUGGCGGUUAUAUAAGUGAUGAAAAUAAUUUGAAAAAGGGGACUCCUAUCCUAAGCGGAAAUCCAGCUUUUAAAGCAUUUAUCAUAUCUGAUACUAUAGCUAUGGUCUUGUCUGCUUGUUCUGUCUUUACUCACAUUAUGCUGGGGAUAUUAGGAUAUGAGGAAAGAUAUUACUGGUUGAUAAGAUAUGCAUUCAAUUUCCUCUUCUAUGCUAUGGUAGCAAUGAUGAUUACAUUUGUGGCAGGCACCUAUGCAUUUUUAUCCCAUUCCUUUGGGAUUGUUAUUUGCGUCAUCGGAUUGAUCUUCUUCCUCUUCUUAUUUUAUUCGAUCACAAGGGUAACAUGGAAUUUAGUUUUUCCAAAUAAUGAUGGUGAUGUCCUUUCAAAUGACUUUUGGAAAGAUAAUGAUGAUAGUGAUGAUGAUAAGGACGGCAACAGCAAUGGUGUCAAAUUGAAAGAUGAAAUAAAAAACAAUGGUUUCAAAUUUAAAGAUGAAAUAAAAACUUUCUCGUGGACGACUGGCGGAGUUUUUUGGUUGGGUAUCUUCUUCAUUGGCUUUUAUUUUGGGGCUCAACAAUUGAUUAAAAAGCUUAGGGAGUUGCUGAAGAAGGAUUGGAGAUCAGUCCCAGCAGCCGCAGGAGCAGCACCAGUAGUGCACUGACAGAGCUCCGACCAGAUCUGCCACUGUCCAGAGUCACCUCACCGGUCUUUUGUAUUUUGGUAGGGCCCAUGUAUAGACUAGUAUUUUGGUUCAUUAUGUUUAGUCAUGAUGUAACUACUAGCUUAUGAUGUAUUUCAUUUUAAACUUGUAAUUAAACUUGAGACUGAAAUGAAAACUUGUAAUUUAUUAUCUGUGAAUUUCCUUAUGAAUGCAA